GUCACCUUAAAAGCGCACAACAACGCAAGCGUACAGCGAGGUUUCAAUUUUUUUUUCUCGAAAACCGGACUCGGGCCGCGGAUCGCAACAAGGUUGACGCACUGAGGCAAAAACGAACGAACGACCCCAACCAGGAGAAUGUCUGAACCCAUGUACCGCGAUUGGAUUUUGGACACUAUUGACUCACUGCGGUCGCGAAAAGCCAGACCAGACCUUGAAAGAAUUUGUCGAAUGGUCCGGAGACGACAUGGAUCAGCGCCAGAACAAACCAGCGAGGAACUCGAGAAACUGAUCCAAGAGCAAACUGUCUUGAAAGUUAACUACAAGGGCUCGAUUUCCUAUCGAAAUGCAGCCAAAGUAGUCAGAAGAAGCAGGAAAAAGGAUGACCACACGACCAAAGAACUACCGUGGAAGAAGCUAACCAUUCUGAUUUGAGCAACGGGGACAGCGCGCUCGGUCCCAUUGACCAGGAUGAGACGGAGCAUUUGGAGAAUGAGCUGCCAGUGUCAAUGGAGACAGACAGCACCCUGGAAGAGGAGGAAGAACAGGAGGGGGCUGAUGAAGAUGGCCAUGAGGGCUCCUCUCCCUCUCCUGGGGGUGAGGAUGCUGUGCAGGGGGGGUCUGGUGCUGCCCCCCCCUACUCUGCCCCCUGCUCCCCCAGCGGCUCUCGCCCUGGCCAAAGCCCUGUGUCUGACAGCCCCUCUACCUGCAAGACCAGUAAGAGGUCCAGCCCUCUGUCCCCCUCUAGUCCCCUGGCCCUCAGGCAGAAUGACUGUGUGUGUGACUCUGCCUUCUGCCCUGCUGAUCAUGGACCCUCAGGGAUGCAGAGAAACACAGGAACUGGGGCUUUAAAGACGAUAGUACAGCCAUCAGGGACCUGUCCCUGGGUUCAGAAGAGCUUGGUGAAGAGAGAGAGAGAGGAUGGGGUGAGGAUGGAGGAGAGUGGCCUCACUUCUGACCAACUGGUUCCUGACUGUGUGGAUGAGACCAUGAAGGGUUCUGACAGACAGCCCAAGACGUUGUCUUUUCCCUCUGACAACUGUGCUAAAUACAAGAAGGGGAUGGACGUUGCCUCUUACGUGAUGGCUCAAGACGAUGUAAAAACAGAGAAAUCUCUGUGAAGAAGGAGACGCUGAGGCAGAACCUAUUGCUGUGGAGCGUGGCGGAUGUGGCCACCUACAUCUCUGCUGCAGGCUUUCCAGAGCAGGCUGUAGCUUUCAGAACACAGGAAAUUGAUGGAAAGUCCUUGCUCCUGAUGCAGCGCAGUGACGUGUUAACUGGCCUGUCCAUCAGACUUGGUCCCGCCCUAAAGAUCUACGAGCGCCACGUGAAGAUGCUGCAGAGGACCCACUUCCUGGAUGAGGAGGAUGAUCUCUGACCACGGUUGGGGGGAACAGAACAACACACUCCUCUAAGGAGCAGAUGUAUUCAUACAGUAUACACACAUACUGUGUUCACUGGAUCUCUAGAACCUUCUGUAACCAUUCAAGGAGGUGUGGGGAAAAGGACACCGUGGUCAUGACUUGGGCUUUGACAGUGAUUAUCAACAUGUGUAUGUGGGCUUCCAUUCCACCUCUCUGUGGUAUUGCUUUUAUAGGACCCCUCUCUAAACUCAUAUAGGAAUGUUAGGAUCCUGCCUAAUGACGCUAUAGAAGUCAAAUGGAGGUCUGCCUGUUCUGUAAGGGGAGGUCUGCCUGUUCUGUAAGGGGAGGUCUGCCUGUUCUGUAAGGGGAGGUCUGCCUGUUCUGUAAGGGGAGGUCUGCCUGUUCUGUAAGGGGAGGUCUGCCUGUUCUGUAAGGGGAGGUCUGCCUGUUCUGUAAGGGGAGGUCUGCCUGUUCUGUAAGGGGAGGUCUGCCUGUUCUGUAAGGGGAGGUCUGCCUGUUCUGUAAGGGGAGGUCUGCCUGUUCUGUAAGGGGAGGUCUGCCUGUUCUGUAAGGGGAGGUCUGCCUGUUCUGUAAGGGGAGGUCUGCCUGUUCUGUAAGGGGAGGUCUGCCUGCUCUGUAAGGGGAGGUCUGCCUGCUCUGUAAGGGGAGGUCUGCCUGCUCUGUAAGGGGAGGUCUGCCUGCUCUGUAAGGGGAGGUCUGCCUGCUCUGUAAGGGGAGGUCUGCCUGCUCUGUAAGGGGAGGUCUGCCUGCUCUGUAAGGGGAGGUCUGCCUGUUCUGUAAGGGGAGGUCUGCCUGCUCUGUAAGGGGAGGUCUGCCUGCUCUGUAAGGGGCGGGUCAGUGAGUGCAGCCAAAGACUCUCUCUGGAUUCCUCCUCCUCCUACACUUGGCUACCACUGGAGCCUACUUUAAAAGACUGGUUUCUGUGCUCCCUGAGUCAGUUCCACAAGAAAAUAAUAACAUGUAUACUUGGAAUAUCUGUUCCAGCAAAUAUGGUUCUAGCAUUUCUUCAUUGUUUACUCAGACAGUAUUUUUUUAAAGACAUGUCAUAUGGUACCCUCCAUUUAUCUAGAAACUCAACAUUGUUUUUCUUUUAUGAUGACAAUGUGAACUGAUUUCAUUUGAGAAUGUACAGUAUGAAUUUGUUGAUUCAUCAAAGGUCAGUGAUGUUGUCAAUCUCUCAUUAUACCAGCAAAGGAAAUGGAGCUUAGUCUCCAGAUGUUCUCAUGGCUGCACCAGUACUGACCUAGGUUUUAUUACUGUUGUUAUCUGUUUCACUAACAUUUCGAAACAACUGAAUUGUGUUCUUUUUUUUUUUUUGAGGGAAAAUUAACCAACCAAAAAAUGUACUUCAUAACUUUAGGAAGUGUCAUUGUAGCAUUAAUACGUUUUCUUUGUUUACAACCUCAACACAAUUCCCCACGACAUGGUAGACAUCUUGAUCAAAUUCAACAUUUUUGUUAUCUGAGAGGAUUACAAUGACGUCUCUUAAUUUUGCCUUGUGGCUUCUGCUUUUGAAACAAUGUCACAUUCCACAUUUCCAUCUGUUACGUGUGUGAUGUCACACUGUUAAUUGCUAUGUUGGCCCUGUUUCCAGGGGGGGGGAAUGAAGUUAUUGUCUUUUCCA